UAAGAACGACAUCACCAAUCCACCCACUGCCGUGAGAAACAGCCACGAUGAAGUUCCUUAAGGUCGGACGCGUUGUCAUCAUCACCCGGGGCCGGUAUGCGGGCAAGAAAUGCGUCAUCAUCCAGCCGCUCGACAAUGGAACUAAAUCACACCCCUUUCCCCACGCUCUCGUCGCCGGCAUUGAGCGCUACCCGUCACAAGUCACCCGCCGCAUGUCGAAAGCGAAGCAGACGAAGAAGUCCAAGGUCAAGCCUUUCGUCAAGCAGGUCAACUACACCCACCUUAUGCCCACCCGGUACACGCUCGAACUCGAGAACCUGAAGGGCGUCGUUUCGGCCGACACAUUCAAGGAGGUUUCGCAGCGAGAGGAGGCCAAGAAGACGGUGAAGAAGGCUUUUGAGGAGCGAUACCAGUCGGGAAAGAACAGGUGGUUCUUUACUCCCUUGCGAUUCUAGGCUUUCCUUUCUAUCAUGGCUGGGCGUAGGCUGGAAUGUUUGACCCGGGUGGAGACCCUACACAAGCAUGACGGUGGAUAUUACAGGGUGGAGAGGCAAAAUCGCCCUUGCAUCCGAGCAUGUACUUCGGGUUGAUAAAUGAAGCAUCAAAAGACUUUUUAGGCGCCAAUACCAC